CCUCGGGCUGCCCAUCUCUCAAUUACACACCCCUGCUCCGACCAACCUUGAUGUUCUCCCGCGCCUCCUCCGUAACCGCACUGAGCAGAAGCUGCCGCUAUCUUCUUCGCUCUCCCUACACCCCUACCACCCGGGCAUCGGCAUCAUUUCCCCUUCUCUACACAUCCACCCAACGGGCCUCGUUCUCCCUAACCGCGCGCUCCCCCGCCGCAUUCGACGCCAUGGCCGAUACUUCUGGAAUUACCGCCGACUCGCUGAAGAACAAGCUCAUUGAUACGCUGCAGGCGCUGCACGUCGAGGUUGAGGAUCUGUCUGGUGGCUGUGGACAGGCUUUCCAGGCUGUUAUUGUUUCCCCCCAGUUCGAGAGCAAGACCAUGCUUGCGCGACACCGUCUCGUCAACGCUGCGCUUAAGGAUGAGAUCGCUGCUAUCCAUGCUUGGACUCCUAAGUGCUAUACCCCUGAGCAGUGGCAGGCUCUAGCACAGUAAAUCAAUUGUGCAGCUGACUGCAAUUUGACGAACCAUGAACUUUUUUCCUCCUUAAGAGUCCCUAAGGGAGGAAUAGAAGAUAUUGAACUGGACCGGACUGAUAACUUAGUGAGUGUUUUGGUCGGCAGGAUCAGCCAUUUUAGUUGUCCACUCCAUUGAUCCAGCUACGUCCUUGGUUAUUGGAUCGGUUUAUCAGGCGUUGGCCGGGUUGGAAUGGAUGGUAUUUUUUUGUACAUUAAUCGUCCUCUGCGCUACGAGUACAGUGCGGGGAUAAAACCAAUUAUAUGCCGCGGG